UUUGCCUCUCUUUCCUCCUCCUCCUCUGUAGUCCUCUCCCCUCCUUUCCAAUCUCUCACCGCAAUCAUCAACCAUCUCCCACUGGUGACCUCCGGCGCGCAGAGCGGAUCCAACUCCGGCCUUGACUCACUACGACAAUCACUCCGCCGCGUACGGUGCCUUCACCAACAUGUCCGAUGUCAAGCUAGACACCACAGUCUUCUUCAAGCGCGCGAUCAAGAUAUUUGACGCCUUGAAUGAUGCUACGGGGGAUACUGCCGAUCUUGCGGAUGUCGAUGCGCUCCAGAUCUUUCUGGGCGACGCAGGUGACGACUCGGCCUCGUUUAACAAAACGGCUGCACUUCAGACCUACUUGCUAGGAUUUGAGUUCCCGUCCACCAUCAUCAUCUUUUGGAAGUCAUCCAGGAAGGUCACGUUCGUGUGCAGCUCGUCAAAGGCAAAGAUUCUACGGCAAUUGCAGCCUCAGCAAGGGGUUGAGAUUGAUGUGCGCGUGCGCGCCCCCAAGGAUGAGUCGACGGCUAGCGUCAUCCCCGACCUCGUUUUGUCGCUCGCCGACAUGAAGCUGGGCAUUAUUCCUAAGGACAAGGCGACAGGCAAGCUGUCUGAUGAGUGGAACACGGCCGUCGCCAAUGCCAAGGCUGGCCUUCAAACCGUGGACGUGACGGUUGCCAUGUCGGCCAUCUUGGCCGUCAAGGACCAAGACGAGAUUGAUGCGACGAUCACUGCGGCGCGGCUCGUCUCUACGUGUAUGGAAAAGUAUUUCAAGUCCAAAAUGGAGGCCUUGAUCGACCGAGGCACCGAGAUCACCCACGAGGCAUUCUCGCAGCUGGUGGAAGAGAAAAUCGGAAACGACGACAAAGCUGCCGACAUGAAGCUCUGGAACAAGAAUCCAAAGCUGGCGAACGUUGACUUUACUAAUACCGACUGGGUUUACUCGCCGAUCAUCCAGUCCGGUGGCGAUUACGACCUCCGCGUGUCGGCGUUCUCCAAUGAGAACAAGCUGAAGCCUGGUGUCAUCCUCUCCAGUCUGGGCAUCCGGUACAAGUCGUACUGUGCGAGCUCGGCGAGGACUUUCAUGAUCAACCCCUCCAAGAAACAGGAAACAAACUUCUCGACUCUCCUCGACGUGCGCCUGGAGGUUAUCAAAAUGUGCAAGGCGGGAGUCACCGCGAGGGAGCUUUACAACACUGCCCACGCUGCGUUGCAAGAGCGCGGUCUUGGUGGGCAUUUCCCCAAGAACAUUGGCUUCGCAACUGGCCUCGAGUACCGCGACAGCGCCUUUUUGCUUGCACCCAAGAACGAACGCAAGCUGGAGGCGAACAUGAUUCUUGUCAUCUCACUUGGCCUGCAGGAUCUGUCAGAUAAGAACGGCACCUACAGCCUGCUCCUCUCCGACACCGUCCAGGUCGGCUCCAACGGUGGCGCCUCCCUCACCGAAGGUUGCGUAAAGCUGCGCGACGUGGUCAUGGAACUGGACGAGGAGGAGGAGCCAGAACCCGAGCCCAAGCCCAAGCCUAAGGCUACCAAGCCGAAGAAGCCAGUCAGCAACGGGACCACCAAGUCGCCAGCGAAGACUCGCGGCGCAGCCGCUGGAAAGGCCACCCGCGGCGCUCAGCGCGAACAGAUCGAGUCCACUACCGAACAGCGUAUCAAACUGCAUCAGCAGGAGUUGCACGCGCAGCGGAAAGCAGCUGGCUUGAAGAAGUGGGCCAAUGGCGGAAAGGGUGGAGAUGAGGGGCGAGGCAAGGUCAUCAAGAAGUUUGAGUCAUACAAGCGUGAGGAACAACUCCCCGGUGUUAUUCAGGAUCGGCGAAUCUACGUCGACACUGCUCGCCAAUCUGUGAUCCUGCCCAUCAAUGGCUUUGCGACACCAUUUCACGUUUCGACUAUCAAGAAUGUCUCUAAAAUCGAUGAGGCUGAACACAUCGCCCUGCGCAUCAACUUUCAGUCGCCAGGACAGAUUGCGGGCAAGAAGGAAGACAUGCCUUUCGAGGAUCCAGAUGCGACGUUUGUACGCUCCCUUACGUUCAGGUCCAAAGACAGCAGCCACAUACAGAAAGUCCACAACCAAAUCUCUGAGCUCAAAAAGGCCGCCACAAAGCGCGAGGCCGAGCGCAAAGAGAUGGCCGACGUUAUCGAGCAGGAGCGACUGGUCGAAAUCAAAGGCCGCCAUCCCUAUAUCCUCAAAAAUGUCUUCCCCCGCCCGAACAUGGAGGGUAAGAAGAUGGACGGCAACCUCGAAAUUCACACCAACGGCAUUCGCUUCCGACCUGACGCACCCCCGGGGAGGCAAGGCGACAGGGACCACAAGAUUGAUCUGCUGUUUGGCAACAUGAAGCACUUGUUCUUCCAGCCCAGCGAGAAGGAGCUCAUAGUGCUUCUACAUGUCCAUCUCAAGGCCCCAAUUAUGAUCGGUAAGAAGAAGACAUGGGACGUCCAGUUCUUCCGAGAGGUGUCCGACAUGAACUUCGACGAAACGACUGGCAAGCGGCGCAAGGCACGUUACGGCGAUGAAGAUGAAAUCGAGCAGGAACAGGAGGAUCGUAGGAGGCGCGCCGAGUUGGACAAGAUGUUCCAGGCGUUUGCCAAGCGUGUGUCGGAUGCUGCCCAACAACAGCAAUACGAGAUUGAAGUCGACGUGCCAUUCCGCGAGCUCGGCUUCAACGGUGUGCCGCAUCGCACCAACGUCACAUUGAUGCCGACAACUGACUGCCUCGUCCACCUGAGCGAGAUGCCGUUCACAGUCAUCACUCUGUCGGAAAUCGAAAUUGUCCAUUUCGAACGCGUUCAGUUCGGCCUCAAGGCAUUCGACAUGGUGUUUGUCUUCAACGACUUCAAGAAGACCCCGGUCGCCAUCAACUCGAUCCCGGUCGUCCACCUGGACAAUGUCAAGGAGUGGCUGGACUCCGUCGACAUUCCCAUCUCUGAGGGUCCCGUCAACCUUUCGUGGCCUCAGAUCAUGAAGACGAUCAACGACGACCCCUACGAAUUCUACAAGGAAGGCGGUUGGGAGUUCCUCACAGGUAACGGCGAGUCGGACGAGGAAGACGAGAGCUCCGAGGGGUCGGUCUUUGAAGACGAGAGCGACGACUUUGACGAAGAUGAGAGUGACUCCGAGUCGGACUUCUCAGAUGACGACGCCGAUUCGGACGGCAGCGGCGGCGACUUCUCGGAUGAGAGUGGCGAGUCGUGGGACGCGUUGGAGCGCAAGGCCAAGCGAGCAGACGACAAGCGUACUGAUGAGUUCUCGGACGACGACCGCAAGAAGAAGAAAAAGGGGGGUCGUCGCUAGAGCUCUCGCUAGAUCGCGCUAGACUGUCGUGUAGCAUUGUGUGUAACAGGGCUCAUUGCCCAACGUGUGCUGUCGAUUCUGUCGCAUUGCAAUGGGAGCGAUGUAGCUUGACGGCGUGGAUUCUGAUGGUACUUUGCGGCACACACACCACUCACUUCGCUUAACACACCCUGCUGCUCACUACCCUCAUUCGACUACACGCAACGAACCACAC